AUGAUUGAAACUUACUUUAUCUAUCAAGCUUAUGCAUUCACCGUGUUCGCAAGCCUCUCCAGAGCAAAACUCAGGUGCUUUCCAGCACGUGAACCUCUGAAUUUGAAGCUUUGCAGUUACAAACGAAGCCUUGUUGUUUGGGUUCACAAGAGUCUGUACCUCCUGAGAAGCACUCAGAACACGAUGACCGUACUUCUUGAUUAUCAGCCGAAUCACCUUACAAACGACCAGACAUUACCUUUUGGAGUUGUGCAUUGCACCAAAGAUGAAUGGGCACUUGGAGCUUUGCAGUUGAUCGUUGUUUCCUGUCCGGGUUUCAAUGUGACAUUAUUUUCCAGUUCCAACUUGUUUAUUAUCUCAGAGUAG